AUGAGCAGCCAGGAACAGCAACAGGCACAAGUGACUGCAGCGCAAGUGAUGCAGGAGCUUGUGAAUCUGAGAAACGAACUCACAAGGCAACGCGAAGAGAAUGAUCGGCUAAGGGCCGAGCAAAGCACAGCACUUGAGCGAGUGCGGCAAGAGAGUGCAGCUCAAGUUGCGGAAGUGCGAGCACAAGCGCAUACGGCAGUGCAGCAGGCGACGGCUCAGAUGGGCACGAUGCCACAGUUGGUGAGCGACAUGGUCAAGUCGAACAAGGAACUGGUUGAGGCCAUGGCAAAGAAAGGAGGACCAAACGAGAAGCUCUGUUUGGUCGACACAAAGGGCCUGGGAAAGCCGACGACCUUCUCAGGUGAGAGUGAACAGUUCCUACCAUGGAGGCAUCGAAUGUCGAGCUACGUUUGUUCGAUCCACCAUGAUCUGCAAGAAGUUCUAGAGUGGCUCGAAGAGAGGGAGAAGCCAUUCUCCUCGGAGGAGUUGGACACAGCCUUUGGAGAAAAGGCGUUGGAGGCGGAUCGAGUUCCCAGACUGCAAGAAAAGUCGAGGGAGCUCGCGAACGCGCUCCAAAUGGUUACCUCGAAGGAACCAUUUACGAUCGUGUGCAAUUGCCAGAACAACGGGUUCGAGGCAUGGAGACGCCUUACGAGGCGAUACGAUCCUGCGACUGCAAGCAGGAAGCGCACGAUGUUGAGAGCGAUUAUAUCGCCCCAGAAGCAGAAGCUGGAGAAUCUCCCUCAGGCCAUCGAAGAAUGGGCCGACGCUGUGCGCACUUACGAGAAGCGCAAGGACAGCGCAGGGCGACGAACGACCCUGGCUGAUGAGAUAAAGAUGGCAGCACUGGAGGCAAUGUUGCCACAGGAGCUGGAGUCUCACAUCCAGUUGAACCAGAGCCGGUUCUCCACGUACGACGACGUGCUCGACGAGGUGACUCGCUUCAUCGAGUACAAGACAGGAAAGAGUCUGAAGGUGAUUUCUGCAGCCGCAGCCAGUGCGGCGAGCAAGGAUGAUCCUAUGGACCUGUCGUAUGUGGAGAGAGGCAAAGGAAAAGGAGCAAGCAAGGUCGUGUGCCACAACUGCGGCAGGAGCGGACACUAUGCCCGCGACUGCUGGAGCAAUGGAGGCAAAGGUUCGCAGCAGCAACGGGGCUCACCCAAAGGAAACAUAGAAGAAGGAGGAGAGAACACAGGAGAAGGAAACCAGGACGAGAACUGGCAGGAAGGAGAAGAGGAUGAAGGCUGGGAAGACGGAGACUGGGGAGAAACCUGGGAGGACGGUUGGGAGGAAGCAGAAACAAACAACCUCUACGUGGGAGCAUUAGAAAGAGAGAGCCCGAAGAGAGAGAAAGAGAAGAAGGAGAAAGAGUCGAAGCCAGACCCCGGCAGUCGUGGCUCAAGUAGGGAAGAGGGCUCCGGCCCGACCGUGCUUGGGGCCAUGGCGCCAAAGAACCCGAAAAGGAAGGUUCCUCCAAAGGAGGAAAAAGACGAGGAUGAAAAGGAGCUGGAAGCUCUGGAAGAGCAAAUGGACAGAGCAAGGGGUCAGUUCCAAGACCUGAAGGAAAAGGUGGAACUUGCGAGGAGACGUCGCCAGGAAAGACUUCUUCAGGAAGCGGAAGAGCUGGCAGAAGCCAGGAGACGUUCCCGCGGCGAGGUGCCAGGGCAGUCCAGCUUCGGAGCGUUUUCGUCUUCGUCGCGAGGACCUCCGGAGAGAGUGCGCGAGCCAAAGGCCGGAAAGAAAGAGGAGAAGAAGGAGGUGAGGUCUAAGGCUUUGGACACGGCACCCUGGAAGCGCGUUUCGCGCUACCGGGAGCCACCAGUGCCUGAGCCCAGGAGUCCGGCGUCUUGGGCAGGAAUGCGCUUCAGGGAACGUGUGGCCCACCAAGAUGCCAUACGAGACAAGAAGCCCAGAGGCACCGUCGGGGAGUCCUUACUGAAGAAGCAAGGCGAGGCCUGCUCCACCUGCGUGUCGAGGCGACUGAAGUUCAGGAGCAAAGCGUCCCUUCUGCUGAAGAAGAGGAUGAAAGAGUACAAGGCAGCAGCUGCAAAAGCAGCGGGCUCCCACUACGCCAGGAAAGUUUUCGAAAGAGAAAAGCUUGUGAGGGCCGACAGGCCCAGCAAGGCUGAACUGAGGAGCGCAAAGGUAGCCGAGAAGGUGAAGCAAAGGGAGGAAGAAGCCGCUGGUGAAGAAGAAGAAGAAGACAAGUUUUCCUUGGAGCCGGAGAGCUCCGAGGACGAAAGCGACUUCGAGGAUGACCCUCCAAGCGAGGGGCCCGAGGAGCCCAAGAAGGAAGAAAAGAAGAAGCCACCAAAGCAGGAAGAAGGAACCGAAGGAGCAACCGCGAUCACGGCAAGCACCUCGAGCAGCAUGCAGAGGAUGCUAGCGUCGGGUCUUAUGGAGACCAACCGUGCGAACCUCGCGGUCUUGGACCAGAGGAUCGCGACAAAGAAAGAGAAGCUCGAGGGACGCGGCAGUGACCCAGAGCUGGAAGCCGAGAUCGCGAGCCUGGAAGACGAGCGGAAGCGCCUGAAAGAGGAGCGCGAGCGCCUUAGGGCGCAGCAAGCGGGCGUGAAGAAAAAGGAGCCCGAACACCGCAGAGACCAGUCGGUGCACGACGUGCGCUACAAACGCCAAGUGGAAAAGGGAGACAGCCACUGGAAGGCUUGGCGUGCGGAAAAGGGACGAUCGAGGCCGACAAGAAGUGGCACGCCCGACACGACGAGAAAAAUGAAAAAGGGCGACUUCCGCGACAACCAGAAGGAAGAGGUCGACGGCAUCGACACGGAGGUUAUCCACAGCGAUGGGACGGAGGCCAAGCCCGAGCGGCGAAAGGACUACCACCCCCUCACGAAAGCCGAAAGGACGAGCCACCGCGUGGAUGCCGACGACGAGGAGGAGCUCUACCGGAAGGAGCUCGAAAAGCAGGAAAGGCCGAAGGCGACCGGGCGCUACUCGGCGGACCCGUCGAUUGCGGCCGAGCAGAAGAAGAAGAGGAACCAAAAGAGAAACCAAAGGCGCAACAAGCUGAAGAGGAAGCUUGGGUCGACCUGGGAUCCAGAGCACAAAGGAAAGAAGAAGGUCAAGAAAAGCGAAGACGACGACGAAGAGACUGUGCACUGUGAAGACCACGACGACCGCCGCGACCCAAGAGGAGAAGACCCGGAGGACCCGGGCGAAGGAGGCGUGCGCCAAUCGGUGCACAGCUUCGAGACCGUGGAUGCUGCCAGCCUGGGCGCUUCGCCAGGCGUGGCUAGCGUCGAGGUCAACUUUGACACGGGAGCGGCCGUGACCGUUCUGCCUGAGAAGUACGUGACGCAGCCAAAGGACAACGGCGUCCGCUACAAGACGGCGUCAGGUGAGGCGCUGAAAGACCAAGGAAAAGCCGAGGUCACCGGCACUUUGUCGGGAGGCCGUGGGGCCACGAUCACCGGCCGAGGCGCCGGGGUCCACCGCAUACUCCUGUCAGGAGCACAGGCGUGCAAGACGCAUUUUGCGUUUCUGCACGGAACAGGAGGCUUGCUGGUCCCAAAAGGAACUGCUUUCGCUAAGGAGGCCGACGAGGCGUUGCGCCAGUUGGCUUGGAAGCACAAGGGUGUCGGAGCCAAGAUGCAAGUGAAGAACCGCAUCUACGUGUUUCCUCUGCAAGACGAGAAGAAAGGAGUGAAGGGCGGAAGCAAGGGCCAAGCUGAGAUGGUUGAGGAAGCGGCAAAAAGGAAAGCCGCCGGAAAGGCAACGCUCAAGGAAAAAGGAGGCACUGAAGACGACCGCUUUGCCGAGGAGCCGGAGGCUCCAGGCGAAGAACAACAGAGGGCGAUAGUGCCGAAGAGCCCAGACCAGCCAACGGCUGACCAGAUCGCACAGCACGAAGCCUCGGGGCACGCGGUGCACCGUUCCUGGUGCGUCCACUGCCAGAGAGCGCGAAAGAUGGUGAAUCCACAUUACCGGAUUCGGAGAGCCGAACUUGAGACAUCUUUGCCGACGCUACACAUGGACUACUUCUUCCUGGGCAAAGAAAAGCAGGAAGACGACGUGAUGCCGCGCCUGGUGGUUCGGUGCGACAAAACGCAGCGCACUUGGGCAACCUCGUUGCCCGAGAAAGGCACGCAUGCGUACAACGUCACGUGGUUGGCCAGCGUGAUACGCGAGGCCGGAUGGAAGAGGAUGUGUUUAUUCUCAGAUAAUGAACACGCCCUCCGUGCGCUCAAACUCAAGGCCUCCGAAGAAGUCCAAAAUGUAGUGUUCGACUUGAGAGAGAGUCCUACAAGUACGGAACACGAGAAUGCGCCAUCGAACGGCAUAGCCGAGGCCGCAGUGAGAGAGGUGAAGCGAAUGGUCCGAGCUAUCCUGUCGGAGCUGGAGACAAAGCUUAAGAUCGAGGUGGGCGUGGACCACCCGAUUCUCGCCUGGAUCGCGAGGCAUGCAGCGUUCUUGAUGACACGUUUUCGCAUUGGCGAAGACGGGAAGUCAGCUUACGAAAGGACGCUGGGCCGACCGUGGAGGCGACCUACCAUUGUCUUUGGCGAACAGGUGAUGUUCAAGCCAGUUGGUUCGAGACACAAGCGAGGAAGCCUAGAUGCAAGAGUUUGCAUGGGACGUUACGUCGGAACUGCGUCGAGGAACGCAGACUUGCUGAUCAUGACGUCCGAGGGUAUAUCCCGGGGCCACUCCUUGCACAGGAGGCCCGAGGAUGAGAAAUGGCCUGUUGAAGGUUUCGAAGUGCUACGCGGAUUGCCUUGGAGGAUGUCCGGUCCACAAGAGCGAGCGUCGCCCAACCGAGUCGGUAUGCCCGCUCUCGAAGGCGAACAACCCGCGCCACAACACCGAGACUUCAAGGCACGCAACCUGUGCGUCAUGAAGUCCGACAUUGAGCUGUACGGCUACACGCCUCAGUGUCCGGGAUGCGAUGCGCAGCUGAUGGGUCUCCCGCAGCGAGCGCGCAAUGACGAGUGCAGGAUGAGAGUGCAGAGAAGACUGCAAGAAACCGACGAGGGAAAAGAAAGAGUGAAAAGGGCCCAAGAGCGAGUUGAAAAGGACUACGGAAAGCGGGUCAAAAGAGACCAACCCGCGCUGGAAGGAAGACCUGCCCCCGACGCAAUGGAUGUUGCAGCAGAGGAAGCGGCAGGCGCACCUUUGUCCAGACCAAUGGAGGUCGAGGACCGCGCCGAGCCGAAACAGCGGAAGCGCGCCGUCGAGGACCUUUACCGGGAAGAGCCCAGCACGAGGGCUACCGAUGGUCCAGAUGUCGAGGUCAUUGGAGUACACGUGCAAGGGGGAGCAAGUGGCUCUGCAGGACCCGGCCUGGACCACUCACACCAACAAGCACGAGCAGAUGCAGAAAUGUACGACACAGCAACGGCGAAUCCGCCGCCAGCCAACGAGGAAGUGCGAAUGAACCUGAUUACGCGGAUGUUCGAACAAAAGGGGCUCAAGUGCAGCCCGACCGAAGCGAAGGCCAUAAACUCUAUGGUUCUACAGUUGGGAGGUAAUGGCAAUUCAGCUGUGCCCUGGAGCAUGGUGAAUGAAGGCAUUAUCUUGCCAAUGGACCAAGAGCCGCCGAUGUUCGCUCAGGCCGAGCAUUUGCGUUUCUUCGAAAAGCUGGAACAAGUGAAGCCAAAGCUUCUGGUGGGCAAGCUGCCCACUGGACCCUUCCAGUCAGUACAACGUGCUUUCGACAUGACCAACAAGAUUGGAGUCGAGACCAGACGCGGAAAUUUGAGGAAGGCCCGAUCUCAACUGGGGCUUUGCUUUGAGGCCUUCGAGGCACAGAAGGAAGCCGGAAACUACUUCCUCUAUGAGUGCCCAAGGGGAACUAAGUCCUGGGAGCAUGAACUUGCUCAAAGGAUGGGUUCGUACUUGGUUGAAGGCCCAAUGUGCAAGUGGAAAGUUGACGAAAGUGGAAAAAUGAUUGCAGGCCAAUCCGGCAAGAAGCGAACCCGCUGGAUUACUAAUUCGGCGACGGUUGCAACAGCGCUGGAAAAGCUAUGCAAGGGCAAUGCGAAGGUGUGGAACCGAACGCUAAGCUUCAAGGAGGGGAUCGUGACGGCCAAGGCCGAGUAUCCUCCGAAGCUUGAAAGAGCACUACUGGCAGGAGUGCGAGCACAACUGGUUCUGGAUGGAGAAAUGAAGGAGGUGGGCCAUGUGGGUGGACCUGACCCACACGAGGAGCCACCGCUCGAAGAGUAUCUCCAUGACACCUUACCCAAGGCAGGGCAGCUUCACGUAAGCGAGCCCGUCAUAGACGCAAACACAGGGGCACAACUUGAUGCCAGAAAGGUUGCGGAAGCAAGAGCGUCAGAACUUGCUUGGGUGAAAAAGCAAGGUGUGUACGAGAAAGUCGAAGAGAGCGUGUGUUGGGACGAAACAGGUCGUCCGCCCAUAACCUUGAAGUGGGUAGACCGCAACAAAGGGGAUGAUGUUCGGGAAAACUACCGCAGUCGUUUGGUAGUCCGCGAGGUCAAGUCACAGGGACAAGCGGCGUUGAUACCAGACUACGCGCUGUUUUCCUCAAUGCCACCUCUGGAAGGAUUGAAGAUCCUAUGCAGUCUGCUGACGACACUCAAGAGGUCAAAGGGCGGAAAGAAGCUCACGCUGAAGCUGACAGACAUAUCACGUGCACACUUCUAUGGAAAAGCAGAACGACGUGUGUUUGUCACACUUCCCGAGGGAGAUGAAGCUCCCGGCUUUUGUGGUCUGUUGAAACGGACCAUGUAUGGCACCCGUGAUGCCUCAGCUGUAUGGCAGAGAUCGUACACAAGCCUGUUACGCAAGCACGGGUUUGUCGUGGGAAAAGCAUAUCCGUGUACCUUUUAUCAUGCCGAAGCCGACGUGAGAUUAUUGGUGCAUGGGGACGAUUUCCUAGUCUUGGCAGACGAAGAUGGACAUCGCUUUGUAGACAAAGUACUGUCUGAAGAGUACGAGUUCAAGUGUGAUGGCCACAUAGGACCUGAGUGUGAAAAGGAUAGCAUGACUGUCCUGAACCGGGUCGUGAGCUAUGACAGCCAGACAGGAACUGUUACGUACGAAGCGGAUCCAAGGCACGCGGAAGCCCUAGUGCGCGACCUUGGACUGGAGUCUGCGAAGGCGGCCAAAACGCCAGCAGAAAAGAAAAAGGGAAGUGACCUGAAGGCGAUGCUUGAAGCGCAGCCGUUGAAUGCCGAACUUCAGAAAGCAUAUCGGUCUCAUACGAUGAGGGCAGCGUUCCUUGCGCAGGACCGUCCAGACAUUGCCGAGGCUACGAAGAGCUUAGCGCGGCAUAUGAAAGAACCCACAGAGUGGGCAUGGGCCGAUCUGAAGAGGCUUGUCCGCUACUUACGCGGAAAUCCACGGCUGAUCUACGAGUACCACCCGCAACGGUUCAGCAAAGAGAUUGUGAUGUACUGCGACUCAGACCACGCUGGUUGCCUCAUCACGCGGAGGUCAACCACGGGACUGGUGACAAUGCUUGGAUCGCACUGCGUGAAACACUCAAGCAACGUGCAAAGCACGAUCUCCCUCUCGAGUGGAGAGAGCGAGUUUUACGCUAUAGUUCGAGCAGGGUCAAUAGGUCUGUCGCUACAGGCGAUGCUAGAAGACUGGGGAUUAAAGGUCAGUCUGCGGAUUCGAUCUGAUUCCUCGGCGGCCCGAGGCACUACCCAGCGCCAGGGCCUGGGUCAAGCACGCCACGUGCAAACAAGAUACUUGUGGGUGCAAGAGAAAGUCGCCACGCGAGCUCUGGAGCUAGAGCGUGUAGGCACGGAGAAGAACUACUCCGACAUCUGCACCAAACCAAUGCCCGAAGUGGCAAUGCUCAAACACCUCAAGAACAUGGGAUUGCGUUUUCAUGUUGGACGAGCCGGAGCAGCCAAACGGCUCGUGUGA